GGGGUUUUUAAUAAAACAAAUUGCAACAAAGAUAUUAUAAGUUUUUGAAAAAUCCAAAGUUCAAUUAGCCAUGACUUAGUUACUCUAUAGUAACAUAAUCGAUAAAAACCUCUACAAAUGCAUACAAUAUCAUAGACCUAAAAAUAUUCCUUUAUAGGUCUAAAACUCAAAACCUGACUGUGGGAUAACACCACUUUUCCCAAAUUGCGUACUUUACCAAAGACCAUUUUUUCCAAUCGCCAGUUUCUUAUCAGAUUUAUCUUACCGGAUGGUAGACGAUAAGAAGAAUUAAUAGGAUAAAAUACAAAACAAAGUAUUAAUAUAUUGCCUGAGAAACUAUAGAUUUUACUUUCUGUUCGUUAAUUUUAAUUUCAAUAAGUACAUUGACCAACCAUAUUAAAUAUACUAGCAUACAAUUUCUUAUAGCAUUAUAACACAUUUGGAGCAGGAUUUUAUAUUUUUUAAAAAAUGAAUCCUUGUGUUGUACCAGAAUUCUCUGAAAGUUGGAAAAUGCAACACGAAGCUCAUGUGGCCGAAGCCAAAUCAAAAAAUCCCGAUAUCUUGUUGAUCGGUGCAUCAAUAAUAGAAUGUAUUCAAUGGUGUCCAAUAUGGAAAGAAAAGUUUGUUCCAUUAAAUAGUGUCAAUUUUGGCAUUUCAGGAGAUUGCACCCAACAUGUUUUGUGGAGAGUGCAAAACGGUAUUCUUGACCAUAUAAAGCCUAAGGUGUGUAUUCUUAAUGUUGGAUCAAAUAAUUUGGAUAGUAAUUCUCCUGUUGAUAUAUCCGAAGGAAUAUUGACAAUUACAAAAGAAAUAACAUCACGAAUUCCUGAAUGCAAUAUAUUUAUUAUAGGUAUUUUACCAUGUGGGCCACAUCCCAAUCCUUUUAGAGAAAAAGCUGAACAAGUGAACAUAGUUCUUAGUGAAAAAGUGAAGCAAACUCCUCGAGUAAAUCUCAUAAUUCCUGACAUUUUACAAAAAGAUGGUACGUUAAGUGAAAAGGAUGCACCAGAUUUUCUGCAUCCGUCAGAGUUGGGUUAUCGUAAAAUCUUUAAUCCUAUUUUACCUCAAGUUUUAGCCAUACUUAAUAAGUAACACAUAAAAAAAUAUUGAUAAUUGUUAUUAUUUAUGUUAACUUUUUUUUUUUGGUGUACUAAGAAUAUAUUUAUUGUCCAAAUUAUAUAGUCCAAAACUGUUUAAUAUAUAAUAGUAACUUGUAGAACCAAUUUUUGUGUAUUAUAAAAACAUUGUU